AUGAACAACACCGUCGAGUCGUUGGGCUGCCAGCCCAACGAGGAGCGACUAAUCGCUGUGGCUCUCAAGCGCGAAGACGCCGCUGUCUUCUCUAUAAUGGUCAUCUCUUCUGGGGCCAUGCACACCCAGACGCCUACCGACCUUUCAGUGCGCAAGGCGUCGCCACCCUUGCCGCAUGUUGCACCGCUGACUUCCACACACAACCCAUUCCUGAUAAGGAAUAUCAUACAGGACAGCCAUGCGCCCUCGGUACUGCACAACGCAGGAAUGUUCGAACAACAUCAGAGACAGGCAAUGGCCGCAGCUCAACUGCUCUGGAACGCCGCCCAUGGAUUAAGUGGAGUGACCGGAAACUUGUCCGCGACUGGCGGCGCGUUCAGACCGCCAGACUCGCAGCCAUCGAGACCAGAAUCAGCUGGAGAUGAGAACGACAACGACUUUGAAUGCAAUCUGAAAGGUUCCAAAAAACCACGCAAAGCACGGACGGCGUUCACGGACCACCAGCUGAAAACGCUCGAGAAAAGUUUUGAAAAACAAAAAUACCUCAGUGUUCAGGACCGAAUGGAGUUGGCGGCGCGGCUGGACCUGACCGACACGCAGGUCAAGACCUGGUACCAGAACCGGAGAACGAAAUGGAAGCGACAAGCGAUGUUCGGCUUGGAUUUCCUCCCAAUCGCGGCUCGACAAAUGCUGCUAAACGGAGGAGGUGGUUCGCCAACGGCAGGACCGCCCAUGGGACUUUUUCCGCCUUCGUUGGCCGCGGCACUUCCGAACGCAUCUUCGCUGCCUCUCGAGUUGUAUCAGCGAGCGCUGGCACAAAUGGCUCCAUCCGCAGCGACGGCAAUGGCAGCCGUGAGCGCGGGAGGCAACUCGGAGAACCUCAAGCCUGGAAAUCGGAUGGAGGAUGAGGACACUCGCGGAGAAGAUAAUGAUGAUGAAGAAGAUAACGAUGACGAAGAAGAUGAGAUUGAUGUAGAGAGCGAUGAGGGCAGGGACUGA